AUGUCUGUUGUGCUUCCGCCAGAUGACAAUACUUUAGACCUGGAGUCACCAGCCAAAUUACAAACACAUUUGGGUUCCACGGAAAAUCCAGCUCCCGAUUUGGCUGCUCGUGACGAUACUGCCCUCGCUACAAUCACAGACUCAUUAGCUCUGACUAGAAUCAGUGCUGGCCCAGGAUUCUUUCGAUCGGUGUAUGAUACGUCCCGCUGGAUGACAUCGCCGUUUUUGAACACACGUCCCGUUUUCACUUAUGCCAUCCUUGCGGCAUCCAUGUUCACAAUCCUACUUCCAGCAUCAAAUCUCUCAGCACCUCGCCCUCUUACUGCUACGGAAAAUGCCGCCCUGAACAAACUACCAGUCGACAUACACACGGUGAUCAAAUGGCUCAAGCUUGACCCAAUCAUUAUAUCCCAGAGAUUCCUGAAGAACAAGAAACCGCCGAAUGAAUCCCCCAACAUUCUCAAGCACCCAAAGAAACACCAAUCUCAUCCAAAUUUGGAGUUUGCAUUUCAACGCCUAAAUGAUUGGCUCGGACGCCUGUUUUCACGACCCGGUAUCGAGAAUGCUCUUGAUCAAUCUUUAUCUACCUCUCCGGCCGACCCAUCACACGAGAUGAUCACCGACAUUCACGACUCUGCGAUUUGGCACGAAUUCAAGGGGCCUGAUGGCUCACCCUUCACUGCAACAAGUGGCAAUCUAGUCUUUGGCCUUUUUAUUGAUGGCAUCAACCCUUACGGCUCCAAGCAAGGUGGAAAGCAUGUAUCCAUCACGUUUGUAGUGCUCGUUUGCCUUACGCUCCCUUACUCACUGCGAUUUCUACCGGAAAUCGUCUUCCUUGUGGGAAUUGCCCCCGGCCCCAAAGAACCAAGCUUGACCCAAACCAACUGGAUCUUCAAUCCACUAGUCCAACAACUCAAAUCUCUUUGGACCAAUGGCCUCUUCUUAUCUAGCACGCCUCUCCACCCGAAAGGCCGGCAAAUAUUUGCUGCUCUGUUACCGGUUUUUGCUGAUCUUCCCGCAUUGCGCCGUGCCAUCGGUUUUGCUGGACAUGCAUCGGCUGAAUUUAUGUGCUCCUUCUGCGACAUUUUGAAAGAGAACAUUCGAAAUCUUGUCGAAUGGAGCCCACAAACAUCCAAAAACCACAUCAAGUGGGCUCAUGCUUCUCGAGAUGCUCACACUGCAAAGGAUAGAGCAGCUAUCUUCGCGGAACAUGGAGUUCGAUAUUCUGUUUUAACUGAACUGUCUUACUGGAGGCCCAUCAAAUAUCAAGCUCUAGAUUCCAUGCACAAUCUGCUGCUAGGUUUACUCAAGUGGCAUUGUAUACGAUUUUGGGCCAUAUCAAACAAGCUUGAUAACGAGGACGAUCAUCCACUCGCUAUCAUCCCAGUAGCUGAAAUGUUACAAGUCUCUGCUGCCGCUGUUUUGGAUACACCUAUUGAGCAUGCGGAUGCAUCACUCGAGCUCCCAGAAGAAGAACUCACUGCCGAAGAAGCUCCUUUCGAAUUCCGUAGUGAUUAUGUCUAA